AAUUGCCAUAGUCUCUCUCUGACCUGACCAGGUAGGAGACCGGUGAGGAAUAUGUCCUCACCUUUUCUUUGGUGUUUGGUUAUUUUAUUGAUAUUUGCAGAAUUUGAUGGUGAAGCUGGAGAACUUGAGCUGCAGCGAAGUAAAAGAAAUACUGAUCUCCAACAGCCUCGCUUGACUUCGGAAAGGGGAAAUUUAGUAUUUCUUACUGGGCCUGCCCAAAACAUUGAAUUUAGAACUGGAUCCCAAGGAAAAAUAAGAUUAAAUGAUGAAGACCUCAGUGAAUGCUUGCAUCAGAUCCAGAAAAACAAAGAUGAGAUUGUAGAUUUAAAAAGAAAUUCGGUUGAUCUGCAUCACAAUGUAUCUAGUCAAAUCUCUCAGCUCAAUUCCAAGCUUCUGGAUCUUGAGAGAAGAUUUCAAAGCCUACAGCAGAAAGUGGACAAAGACGUUUGCAGCAGCAAUCCCUGCCACAAUGGUGGAACCUGCCUCAAUCUGAUUGAUUCCUUUUUUUGCAUCUGUCCUUCACAGUGGGAGGGUCCUCUGUGCACAGCUGAUGUUAAUGAGUGUGCGAUUUACUCAGGAACACCCUGGGGCUGCCAGAAUGGAGCUACCUGUAUGAAUACAGUGGGGAGCUACAGCUGUACCUGCAAACCUGAUACAUACGGACCCCAGUGUGCAUUCAGAUACAAUGACUGCGAGAGGGGCUCUAAAGAGCUCUGUGUCCACGGUGUCUGUGAGGAUUUAGAACGACAGCAAGUUGGAACGCGCAAUUACACAUGCAUCUGCGAAGCCGGGUGGACAUCCUCGCCAAACAACCCAGCCUGCACGGUAGAUCGAGAUGAGUGCAGCCUUCCAUCCUCUUGUUCGGCACUUGUGCAAUGUUUCAACACUCCAGGCUCUUUCUACUGUGGGCCCUGUCCAACAGGCUGGCAAGGAAAUGGUUAUGUUUGUGAAGACAUCAAUGAAUGUGAGAUAAAUAAUGGUGGCUGUUCUAAGACUCCACUUGUUAGAUGUGUGAACACACCUGGGUCUUUUAGCUGUGAGGACUGUCCACCAGGGUACCAGGGUGACGGAAAAGUGUGCACUGCUGUAGACGCCUGCUCCAUCAAUAACGGAGGCUGCCACCCGCACGCGACAUGCUUCUGGUCUCAGGGUUUCUUACCUGUCUGUACCUGUCUGCCGGGAUACACCGGAAAUGGUUAUGGUCCAAAUGGAUGUGUGCAGCUCGGAAAUAUUUGUUCAAGUCACCCUUGCUUAAAUGGACAAUGCACAGAUAUGCUCUCUGGCUACUUUUGUAAGUGUGAUUCAGGCUGGGCUGGUGUCAACUGUACAGAAAACAUCAAUGAGUGUUUGAGCAACCCUUGUUUGAAUGGGGGGACUUGUGUUGAUGGCAUUAAUGACUUCAGUUGCGAAUGCACAAGUUCCUGGACUGGAUCUCACUGUCAGAUUCCCCAGCAAGUGUGUGGAGGGUCCCUCUCAGGGAUGAAUGGGAGCAUCAGCUAUACAAUCUCUCAAGUUUAUCUUCAGGACGUUAACUGCUUCUGGGUUGUCCGAACCGAAGAGGGAAAGGUCCUGCAUAUCACAUUCACUUUCUUCCAAUUAGAACUGGAGAAUAAUUGCCCACACGAGUUUCUUCAGAUUCACGAUGGAGACUCCUCUGCAGAUUUUCCACUCGGAAGAUUCUGUGGCUCUACUGCCCCUCAGGAUCUUCACAGCAGUGACAGUGCGCUCUAUUUUCAUCUCUAUUCUGACCAUUUGAGAAGUGGUAGAGGCUUUACAGUGCGAUGGGAAACACGGCAACCAGAGUGUGGAGGUAGACUGACUGGUACUUAUGGUUCUAUCCAAUCUCCGGGAUAUCCUGGAAACUACCCCCCAGGAAGAGAUUGUGUCUGGCACGUCAUAACCAGCCCUGAACUUCUGCUAACAUUUACUUUUGGGACUUUGAGCUUGGAGAACCAUGCAGAUUGCAGCAAAGAUUACCUGGAGAUUCGAGAUGGUCCUCUGCAUCAGGACCCCAUUCUUGAGAAAUUCUGCACCACUCGCUCUGUCCCACCGCUACAGAUGACAGGUCCCUUUGCCAGGAUUCAUUUUCAUUCUGACAACCAGAUCAGUGACCGUGGCUUCCAUAUUACCUACCUAACAUCACCUUCGGAUCUGCAUUGUGGCGGGAACUACACAGAGCCAGAGGGUGAGCUCCUUCUUCCCAGCUUGCCUGGGCCUUUGGCUCACAGCAGGCAAUGCAUCUAUAUCAUAGAACAGCCUCAGGGAGAGCUAAUAGACCUCAACUUCACCCACGUGGAACUGGAAGGCCAGAGUGGCUGCUCCCACAGUUACAUUGAGGUUCAAGAUGAUGAAACUUUACUUGGAAAAGUCUGUGGCAAUGAAAUCCUCUCUCCCAUUAGAUCCAUUACAAAUAAUAUCUGGAUCAGGUUUAAAAUAGACACUUCUGUUCAAAGCGCUAGCUUCAGAGCUGUUUAUCAAGUUGCUUGUGGGGGUGAUUUAACUGGAGAAGGAGUCAUUCGUUCACCGUUUUACCCUAAUGUGUAUCCUCGAGAAAGAACCUGUAGGUGGACCAUCUCCCAACCCCAAGGCCAAGUAGUUCUUCUCAACUUUACUGGCUUUCAGAUUGGAAGUUCUAACCACUGUGACACAGAUUAUGUUGAGAUUGGUGGCAGUUCUGUUUUGGGUUCUCCUGAAAAUACAAAGUAUUGUGGUACAGAGAUCCCUUCAUUCAUAACAUCUGUGUACAAUGUUCUUUAUGUCACAUCUGUGAAGAGUUCUUCUACGGAAAAUCAUGGUUUUAGGGCUGUGUUCAGCACUCAGGAUUUGGUAUGUGGAAAAACUCUUACUGAGUCAUCUGGAAUCAUUAAAAGUCCUGGCCACCCCAAUAUUUACCCCAGUGGUGUUAACUGUACCUGGAAUAUCUUAGUCCAGCAUGGCCAGCUGAUUCGUUUGGUGUUUGAUAAAUUUCAUCUGGAGUUUCAUUACAAUUGCACAAGUGACUACCUGGAAGUGUAUGAUACUGGCUCUGGGACUUUUCUUGGGAGAUACUGCGGAAAAUCCAUUCCGCCCUCUCUUACCAGCGGUACCAACUCACUAAAGCUGAUAUUUGUGGCUGAUUCUGACCUCGCUUAUGAAGGUUUUUCAAUAAAUUACACAGCAAUUGAUGAAACAAAAGCAUGCUUGCAAGACUAUACAGUUAAUUCUGGGACUUUAACUUCUCCAAACUUCCCCAGUCAUUACCCUGACAACUAUGAGUGCGUUUAUAGGAUUACAGUGGAAAUUAACCAACAGAUUGCGUUGCACUUCACCAAUUUCUCCUUGGAAGAUGGCAUAAGUGGAAACUGUAUAACAGAUUUUGUGGAAAUCAGGGAUGGAGGCUAUGAAAAUUCACCACUUGUGGGAAAAUACUGUGGCUCAAUUCUACCUCCAGUAAUCAUCUCACACAGUAACAUGCUGUGGUUAAAAUUUAAAAGUGAUUUCUGGUUCUCAGAAUCUGGAUUCUCAGCUUACUGGGAUGGAUCGUUAACAGGCUGUGGGGGCAACCUCACCACUUCCACGGGCAUAUUCACAUCUCCCAACUACCCAAUGCCUUACUACCACAGCUCCGAAUGCUACUGGUCGUUGAAAUCCAGCCACGGCAGCCCAUUUGAAUUGACCUUCAAAGACUUCCACUUGGAGUAUCAUCCCAACUGCUCUUUGGAUUACCUGGCUGUAUACGAUGGCCCAAGUACGAGUUCUCACCUGCUCACCAAGUUUUGUGGGGAUGGGAAGCCACCUCUCAUCCGUUCCAGCGGAGACAGCAUGCUAUUGAAGCUGAGGACUGAUGAAGGUCAGCAAGGAGGUGGCUUUGAGGCCGAGUACUCGCAGACAUGUGAAAAUGUGGUAAUAGUUAAUCAAACCUAUGGCAUCCUGGAGAGUAUAAAUUACCCAAAUCCGUAUUCCAAAAAUCAGCGCUGCAACUGGACCAUCCAAGCAACAAGAGGCAACACCGUGAACUAUACAUUCGCAGCAUUUGAUUUGGAAUAUCACACGAACUGUGCCGCCGAUUACUUAGAGCUCUAUGAUGGCCCGAAUCGGAUUGGGCGCUACUGCGGCACCGAUAUGCCCCCGUCGGGGAGUACCAGGAACUCCAAGCUUCAAGUGCUGUUCCACACUGACGGAGUUGGCCACCGUGAGAAAGGAUUUCAGCUGCAGUGGCUGGUUCACGGUUGUGGUGGGGAGCUCUUUGGAGCCAGGGGCUCCUUCAGCAGUCCUGGGUACCCUGGAAAUUAUCCCGCCAACAAAGAGUGCAUCUGGUACAUUCACACUGAGCCAGGAAAAAGAAUUCAGCUCACUAUCCAUGACUUUGAUGUGGAGUAUGAGGCAACUUGCCGAUAUGAUGUCCUGGAGGUGUACGGAGGCCCUGACUUCCACUCCCCCAGGCUAACCCAGCUGUGCGCGCCGAGGUCCUCAGUGACUCCCAUUCAGGUCUCCAGCACCGGAAACGAGCUGACAGUCCGAUUUAAAACCGACAGCUCGGUCAAUGGGAGAGGCUUCAAUGCCUCUUGGGAAGCACUCAGUGGAGGUUGCGGUGGGAUUUUCCAUACUCCCAAUGGAGAGAUUCAUUCUCCGAAUUACCCCAACCAAUACAGAAGUAAUACUGAAUGUACUUGGGUCAUUCAAGUUGAGAAAAAUCACCACAUCCUCUUGAACUUCACUGACUUUGACCUGGAACUUCCAGAUUCUUGUAUUACAACAUAUGACGGCGUAAGUCCUACAACCACCACCCGCCUGGCCAGUGUGUGUGGAAGACAGCAGCUAAGUAACCCCAUCACCUCUUCGGGGGACAGCCUGUAUGUGAGAUUCCAGUCUGGGGCUUCCAGACAGAACAGGGGCUUCCUAGCCCGAUUCAGGCAAGUCUGUGGAGGCUACUUCCUCACCAACUCUUUUGAUACUAUUUCCUCUCCAUUGUACCCUGCCAACUAUCCAAACAAUCAGAACUGCAGCUGGAUAAUUGAAGCUCAACCUCCAUUCAAUCAUAUUACUCUCUCCUUUACCCACUUCGGGCUUCAACCGAGUAUGGGAUGUACACGGGACUUUAUAGAAAUUUUCGAUGGCAGCAGCUCUGACGCACCCCUCCGAGGCCACUACUGUGGUUCCUCCAUGCCCUAUCCCAUCACGUCCUUCGGCAGAGCGCUGACACUGAGGUUCGUCUCUGAUUAUGGAAGCACUUACACUGGGUUUCAUGCGCUAUAUGCUGCAUCAACAUCAGUUUGUGGUGGAAACUUCCACAUGGCUGAAGGCAUCUUCGAGACCCCUGGCUAUCCUGACGUUUAUCCCCCUAGAGUGGAAUGUGUCUGGAACAUUAUGAGUUCCCCUGGCAACCGGGUCCAGCUGUCUUUUAUAUCUUUUCAGUUGGAGGACUCUCAGAACUGUAGCAAAGAUUUUAUGGAGAUCCGAGAAGGGGGUGCCACUGGUCACUUGCUGGGAAGAUACUGUGGAAGUUCCCUACCCCACAAUUACUCAUUUAUUGCAGAGGGUCAUCUGUGGAUCAGAUUUGUCUCAGACGGCUCAUACAAUAGCAUGGGCUUCCAGGCCACAUUUACUAUGAUAUUUGGCAAUGAUAAUAUUCAGGGAACUCAUGGGAAAAUCGCUUCGCCUUUCUGGCCUGGAAACUACCCCCAUCGUGCCAAUUACAAAUGGAUAGUGAAUGUGAAUGUGUCUCAAGUUAUCCGCGGUAGAAUCUUGGAGAUGGACAUUGAAUCGUCAAGUUCCUGCGUUUAUGACAAAUUAAAGAUUUAUGAUGGUGCUGACAUUCAUUCUCGCAUAAUUGGAACUUACUGUGGUACUGAAACUCAGUCUUUUAGCUCCGUGGGACAUUCCUUGACAUUUCAGUUUUUGUCUGAUUCUUCAGGCUCAGGAAAGGGAUUCCUUCUGGAGUGGUUUGCAGUAGACAGUCCCACUGGACCUGUACCUACCAUUGCUGCAGGUGCCUGUGGAGGGUUCCUGAGGACAGGAGACGCGCCUGUCUUUCUUUUCUCCCCGGGCUGGCCGGACAGCUACAGUAAUCUGAUUCAGUGCACAUGGCUUAUCCAAGCUCCGGAUUCUACUGUGGAAUUCAACAUUCUCUCAAUGGACAUUGAAUCUCACCGAACCUGUGGCUACGACAGUCUUGUUAUAAGAGAUGGAGACAGUGCCCUGGCCCCGCAGCUAGCAGUUCUCUGUGGAAGAGAGAUCCCUGGGCCCAUCCGGUCUACUGGAGAGUACAUGUUCAUCCACUUCUCCUCAGACUACAGCGUCACCAGGGCGGGCUUCAAUGCGUCCUUUCACAAGAGCUGUGGUGGAUAUCUUCAUGCAGACAGAGGGAUUAUCACAUCCCCCAAGUACCCGGAGACCUACCCUGCCAACCUCAACUGCUCCUGGCAUGUCCUGGUCCAGCCUGGCUUGACCAUCGCUGUCCAUUUUGAUCAGCCCUUCGAGAUUUCAAGUGGAGAUUCGUUUUGCAACCAGGGGGAUUACUUGGUGCUAAAAAAUGGACCAGAUAUCUCUUCUCCACCUUUGGGAACCCAAGGAAGGAACGGUCGUUUCUGUGGCAGUUAUCCUCCGUCAACUCUGUUCACCUCAGAUAAUCAAAUGUUUGUUCAGUUUAUUUCUGAUAAUAGAAAUGAAGGGCAAGGAUUUAAGAUCAGAUUUGAAGGAAAGAGUUUAGCCUGUGGAGGCAACAUCUACAUCCAUGGUGCCGAUGCUAGUGGAUAUGUGACCUCCCCCAACUACCCUAGCAAUUAUCCGCCGAAUGCUGAUUGCGUCUGGAUCAUAUCCGCUCCUCCAGGAAAGAGCAUAAGACUACAGUUUGAAGAUCAAUUUGAUAUUGAAGUAACACCCAACUGCAUUUCCAGUUACCUUGAGUUGCGGGACGGAGAUGGUUCGGGGUCACCAGUACUUUCCAGAUCCUGUGGGAUGUCUUUGCCCCGUAGCCAGCUGUCCUCAAGAGAGCUGAUGUAUUUGAGGUUCCGGUCUGACAAUUCUACUCGUGUGGGAUUCAAGGCCAAGUAUUCUAUAGCCCGGUGUGGAGGAACGGUAACAGGACAAAACGGUGUCAUUGAGAGCACUGGCUACCCCACACUUCCAUAUCCAAAUAACUUAUUUUGUCAGUGGCGGUUCGAGGGCCUCGCAGGACAUUAUCUCACCAUCCAUUUUGAAGCCUUUAACCUUCAGAAUUCCUCCAGCUGUGAAAAAGACUUUGUGGAGAUCUGGGAAAACCAUACCGCUGGACAUCUUUUGGGUAGAUACUGUGGAAACGCUAUCCCUGAAAGCAUAGACACCUCUGGCAAUGCUGCCUCUGUCAGGUUUGUCACGGAUGACUCAGUUACUGCCCCGGGGUUCAGGCUUCGGUUUGAAUCCAGCUUGGCAGAGUGUGGGGGCGAUCUACAGGGCUCCACUGGAACAUUUACUUCUCCCAACUACCCGAGCCCAAAUCCUCACAGCCGGCUUUGCGAGUGGAGAAUCACCGUGCAGGAGGGCAGGCGGAUCACUCUGACUUUCAACAGCCUGAGGCUGGGAGCUCAUCCGUCCUGCAGCAAUGAGCAUGUGAUUAUAUUCAAUGGCAUUAGAACUAACUCUCCUCAAUUCGAGAAACUGUGUAGCAGUGUAAAUGGAAGCAAUGCAAUACGAUCUUCAGGAAACACAAUGAAAAUUGUGUUUUUCACAGAUGGAUCUCGGCCGUAUGGAGGCUUCAAUGCUUCCUACACAUCCAGUGAAGAUGCAGUGUGUGGUGGGUCUCUUGCAAAUGACCACAAUGGAAACUUUACUUCUCCUGGCUAUAAUGGAGUCAAUAAUUACUCAAGAAACCUGAACUGUGAAUGGACUCUCAGCAAUCCAAAUGAGGGAAAUUCAUCUAUUUAUAUUAAUUUUGUGGAUUUUGCUCUUGAAAGUCAUCAAGACUGUCAAUCUGAUGUCCUUGAGUUUCGAGCAGGUGAUUCUGAAGGGCCCCUAUUAGGGAGAUUUUGUGGCCCUACACAACCUACAGUGCCACUGGUAAUACCUUAUCCUCAGGUGUGGAUACACUUUGUCACGAAUGAACAUGAAGAACGUACAGGAUUCCGGGCAGAGUAUUUCUUUACAGAUUGUGGUGGAAUACAAACAGGAGAGGCUGGAGUGAUAACCAGCCCUAACUUCCCUGGCCCUUACACCAGAUUAACCCACUGCUCAUGGCUGUUGGAAGCUCCAGUAGGACACACCAUCACUCUUGCAUUUACUUACUUUAACAUUGAAAGGCAUGCAUCCUGCAUCUGGGACUCGGUCACUGUCAGGAAUGGUGGCUCCCCUGAAUCACCCAUUAUAGGACGAUACUGUGGAAUUUCAAACCCCAGGACAAUACAGUCUGGUUCCAACCAGCUCACGGUGAUUUUUAACUCAGACCAGUCAUUUGAACAUGGCGGAUUUUAUGCUACAUGGAGCACUCAAACUUUAGGUUGCGGUGGAAUAUUUCAUUCAGAAAAUGGUACAAUCAGAUCGCCUCACUGGCCACAGAAUUUCCCUCAAAACAGCAGAUGCUCCUGGACAGUCGUAACUCACCAAAGCAAACACUUGGAGCUCAGCUUUGACAGCAACUUCCGGAUCCCCAGUGACAAUGGACAGUGUCAGAGCAGCUUUGUGAAGGUGUGGGCAGGACCUGAGCAGACCUUCGACAGCCUGUUGACCACACGGUGUGGGGACGUGGCUCCCAGCCCGAUCAUCAUAUCAAAAAAUGCAUUCACUAUGGUCUUCCAGUCGCAGGAGACGCCAGCCCAGGGCUUCUCGGCGUCCUACGUAAGCCGAUGUGGCCGUAACUUCACUGGCUCCUCGGGUUACAUUAUUUCUCCAAACUUCCCCAAACAGUAUGACAACAAUAUGAACUGCACCUACAUCAUAAGGGGUGGUCCCCACUCUAUGGUUCUUUUGACUUUCGUGUCUCUCCAUUUGGAAGCGCGCUCGGCCGCCACGGGGUACUGUGACAGCGACGGUCUGCGCAUUCUCAGAGGGGACAGCCUCUCUUCCACACCUGUGGCUACCGUGUGCGGGGAGGAGACCUUGGAUACCAUCGGGGUGGCCGGUCCGGUGCUGCUUCACUUCUACUCUAACUCGCGCGUCACGGACUUCGGAUUCAAGGUUUCCUACCGGACGAUCACGUGUGGUGGUACAUACAACUCAUCCACUGGAACAAUCAAGAGUCCUUCCUACUCAGAGGGCCACUACCCAAACAGUGUCUACUGUCUGUAUAACAUCUCCGUUAGAAAUGACAGAGUGGUUCUACUCAAGUUCGGAGAUUUUAGUGUGGUCCCUUCCACUCUGUGCUCCAAUGACUUCGUGGCAGUUUAUGAUGGUGCUAACAUCAGCGAUCCCCUUCUUGGCAAAUUCUGUGGUUCUACACGUCCACCGGUUCUUAAGAGCAGCAGUAACAGCAUGCUUCUGGUGUUCAAGACAGAUUCUCUUCAAACAGCAAGAGGCUGGAGGGCAGUUUUCCAGCAGACAUUAGGACCACAGCAUGGAUGUGGGGGUUACCUGACAGCUUCCAAUACUACUUUUGUCUCUCCUGAUUCGGAUUCAAAUGGACGGUAUGACAAGGGCUUGAACUGCGUAUGGUUCAUAACUGCACCUGUGAACAAAGUCAUAAAACUCACCUUCAACACAUUUGUCCUGGAGGCAGCACCUGCUUCAUCGAGAUGCUUUUAUGACUAUGUGAAGCUAUAUGACGGGGACAGUGAAGAUGCAGACUUGGUAGGAACAUUCUGUGGUUCUGCAGUACCUGCUCCUUUCAUCUCUUCUGGUAACUUCCUUACGGUUCAAUUUGUCAGUGACCUAUAUUUGGAGAUGGCAGGAUUUAAUGCUACAUAUACCUUUGUAGACAUGCCUUGUGGUGGAACAUAUAAUGCAACUUGGGCUCCCCAAAAUAUUUCAUCACCCUAUGUAUUAAACGCCAGUUUCCCAUUUUUCACCUGUACUUGGGUCAUUAGAGCGCCUCACCACAAGCAGGUCAAGAUAACCGUGUCGGAAUUACAGCUGCACUCGGAUGACUGUGCCCAGAACUACUUAGAGUUUCAGGACUCACCACAGGUCCGUGGAAACCCUGGAAUUCACUUCUGCAGGAGAAACACAUCCACGGUGCCGGUGUUUUACUCUUCAAUGAGCACUGCUAUUGUUGUUUUCAAAUCUUAUGAUUUAAGCUCUAACUCUAGAGUGAGCUUCGUCUAUGAGAUUGCAGGUUGCAGCAGACACUAUAACCAAGGAUUUGGCAGUGUGAGGAGCCCCGGAUGGCCAGACGAUUACUACGCAAACCUGGACUGCACUGUUCUUCUCUCAGCCCCGCAGAACCGCACCAUCUCCCUCUUUUUCCACGCUUUCGGCCUGGAGAGCUCCAGGGACUGCGUGCACGAUUUCUUGGAGAUAAGAAAUGGAAGUGACAGCAGCUCACCACUACUUGGGCUCUACUGUGGAGCCCUGCUGCCCAACCCCGUGUUCUCCCAAAGUAACACACUGUAUCUACGGUUCAAGAGCGACAGCAGCAUUUCCGGCCGGGGAUAUGGAAUCACCUGGACCUCAUCCUCCUCUGGCUGCGGGGGGACUCUGUACGGAGACAGCGGCUCUGUCGCCAGCCCGGGCUACCCCGGCACCUACCCCAACAACACUCACUGCGAGUGGGCCCUGUCCGUCCCCUUGGGCAGGCGGGUGGUGGUCAGCUUCUACCUGAUCAACAUCGAGGACCCGGGAGACUGCGUGCACAACUAUCUCCUGCUGCACGACGGGCCCGACGCUGCCUCUCCGUCCUCCGGCCCCUACUGCGGAGCGGACACUGACAUAGCUCCCUUUAGGGCUUCUUCAAAUCGUGCCUUCAUAAUAUUCCACGCGGAGUACGCAACACGUCCAUCUGCGUUCAGGUUAACGUGGAACAGCUGAGCUGAAAAGUCUGGGUUACUCAGCCCCGUGGCUCCGCCCAGGGGCCAUCAGACGUCACGUGGGACAGAACUCCGCCAUCCUUGCCCGGGGCCACGCCUGUACCACUGAGCAAAAACCGAACUUCUGUGGCUUCCGGCAGAGAAUGUAUGGGAUCAACAUUUACCCAUUGUGUUGUACAUAGACUACCUUCUUUCUAUGGCUAUGUGUAUCAUUCUUUCUUCUAAUGUUUUGAGCUGAAGUUUAAAAAUUCUUUAAAGGUUCAAAAGUGAUGUAAAUUUUUAAAAAAUUAAUAAAAUUUGAUUUUCAUUGUGGGUGUCAGAGUUAAUAUUGAAGGGCAUAAAAUGAAACUGCGUUACUUUUUAACUCUUUCAAACUUAGUCUUUUACUAUGGCUCAAUGUAGAAAAAAGUCUGACGUGACCUCCGAAGUCUCUCUCAUUUCACCCUCCGCUUGCCUUGCAUUCUCCUUGGCGGUGCUGAAUCUUUCCACACUUACUCCAAGGACGCUGUCAUUUCCUGGUUAGCGAAUUUCUGUGUGUUCUUCAUUCUCUGUUACUCCGUAUUUCUAAGACAUUUCCUUUGCUUUUCUUGAGCUUGACCUCUUCUCUACAUGCCUAAGUACCAAGGAUGCUUGCUUUUUCUUCCAAAUAUCUUGUCUACUGUUUACAGCUCACUUUGAAAAUUAUUACCAACAUGUAGCUUCCCAAAUCCUAUAUGUAAGAAUUUCUCCCUUUUUGAUGUUUCAUAGCAAUUAACGUGUGUGUGUUUGUGUGUGUGUGUGUGUGUGUGUGUGUGUGUGUGUGUGUUCCUGGGGAUGUGGUACUGGGGAUGGGACCCAUGCUAAACAGGCAUUCUGUCACUGGGCUGCACCCCCAGCCCACUGUUUCUUGAUCAACUUAGCUGUGUAUGUUUCAUCUCCCCUUAUUAAACUGUGUGUCCUUUGAGGA